AUGAGAAUCCAAUGUGGUCGUUUUUGGGCGCACAUUGCAGCUUAUUAUGCUGCAAGUCUUAAGCUAGCUGGUGCAGACAAAAGAGAAUCUACUCACUGUAAGCAAAGGUGGCAGAAGAUCAAUGAACACGUUUGCAAGUUUGUAGGAAGCUAUGAGGCUCCAACAAGACAGAGAGCUUCUGGCCAGAAUGAGGAUGAUGUCAUGAAAUUGGCAUACCAAAUCUUCUCUAAUGAUUACAAGAUAAAGUUCACCCUUGAGCAUGCUUGGAGAGAGUUUCGACAUGAUCAGAAAUGGAUUGCAUCUUUGACUAAAGGUACUGCAGGGACAAAAAGAAGGAAGUGCAACGACGGUUCUGCACAAGAUACAAGCUCCAAAGGGAAAACUCAUGGAGAGGAUGAAUCGCUUAGUCGUUCUCCUGGUGUUAAGGCUGCAAAGGGAAAAGGAAAAAAAAAAAACAACACAACAAGCACAACAAACACUUGCGAUGAACAGAAGGCUCUCUUGGAAUUUCAGAUGUUGGAGCUCCAAAGGAUGUAUGAGAUAAAAGGAUUUUGCUUUGCAAAAGAAGGCUUUUGCUAUGCAUGA